CGUCCGAAUGCCCCCGUGGCGCGGAAAGGUGAUAACGAAGGUGGUAGCAGAGUGUGGGGCUCUACGAGGCUCGGGGUCCGAAAAGCUGAUGUUUCGGAGGGCUCUGCAGCGGGGCCUGCGCCCAGGCCUCUCAUUCCGGCGGCUAGGCACACGCAGAGGAGGCUCAACUCUGGACUGGGAUGGAAAAGUAGCUGAGAUAAGGAAGAAGAUCCAGUCAGCCCUGCCUGGUGACACCUGGGAUCCACUGUAUGACACCAGCCAUCUGCCUCCAGAACACGCGGAUGUGGUGGUUGUUGGAGGUGGGGUGAUUGGCCUGUCUGUGGCCUAUUGGCUGAAGAAGCUAGAGAAGAAACGAGAUGCCAUCCGGGUGCUAGUGGUGGAACGCGAUAGCACGUAUUCAAAGGCUUCCACGGUGCUUUCUGUGGGCGGAAUUCGUCAGCAGUUCUCCUUGCCUGAGAACAUCCAGCUCUCCCUGUUUUCAGCCAACUUUCUACGGAACAUCAAUGAGUACCUGGGUGUCGUGGAUGCCCCUCCUGUGGACCUCCAGUUCAACCCCUCAGGUUACCUUUUGCUGGCUUCAGACAAGGAUGCUGCAGUUCUGGAGAACAACGUGAAAGUGCAGAGGCAAGAAGGGGCCAAAGUUUGUCUGAUGUCUCCCGAACAUCUUCGGACCAAGUUUCCCUGGAUAAACACAGAGGGAGUGGCUCUGGCUUCUUAUGGGAUGGAGGGUGAAGGUUGGUUUGACCCCUGGUCGCUGCUCCAAGCAUUUCGGCUAAAGCUCCAAUCAAUGGGAGUCCUUUUCUCCCAGGGAGAGGUGACACGUUUUGUCACUUCCUCUACCUCCAUGGAGACCUCAAGUGGAGAACAGGUCAACUUGAAAAGGAUCUAUGAAGUCCAUGUGAAGAUGGACAACAGCCUGGAGUACCAGCCAGUGGAAUGUGCCAUCGUGAUCAACGCUGCUGGGGCCUGGUCUGGGCAGGUUGCUGAGUUGGCUGGUAUUGGGAUGGGGCCACCUGGCACCCUGCAGGGCAUCAAGCUACCUGUGGAGCCAAGGAAAAGGUAUGUGUACGUAUGGCACUGCCCGCAGGGACCAGGUCUAGAGACUCCCCUGGUUGCAGAUGUCAGUAGAGUCUAUUUCCGGCGGGAAGGAUUAGGCUGCAACUACCUAGGUGGCCGGAGCCCCACUGAGGAGGAAGAACCAGAUCCCACGAACCUGGAAGUGGACCAUGAUUUCUUUCAGGACAAGGUGUGGCCCCAUUUGGCCACGAGGGUGCCAGCAUUUAACAAUUUGAAGGUUCAGAGUGCCUGGGCUGGCUUUUAUGACUACAACACAUUUGACCAGAAUGGCGUGGUGGGCCCCCAUCCACUCGUUGUCAACAUGUACUUUGCUACGGGCUUCAGUGGUCAUGGGCUUCAGCACGCCCCAGCUGUGGGACGAGCUGUGGCGGAGAUGGUGCUAGAAGGCCACUUCCAGACCAUCGACAUGAGCCCUUUCCUCUUCAGCCGCUUUUACUUGGAAGAGAAAUUCCAGGAGAGGAAUAUUUUCUGAGUAUAGAAGCUCUUCCUCAGGCUCCAGCCUAAUCAUCACCCGUCCUCAUCUGGGCAUCGUGCCAGACCUCCUUUAACACCUUCCAUCCAGGGCUGGGAAGGUGGCUCAGUG